AUGAACAUGCAUGAAGCCCCGUUUGGCCCAGCUGGCUCCAGACUUCAACAAUAUUUGGGAGGACCCCCGGCCGGCCAAGCGAGAACUGAGGGCCCUUUUCAAACAACCAAUUAUGGACAACAUGCCAGCAAUUCCGGAUUGAAUGCCAAUGUUCCCGCAUUCAUCCCUCGAUUUGCCCAAAUGAAUUUCCAAGAGCCGAAGGAACAACGACAACCACAAUCCAGCUAUAACCCAAAUCAACCGUUCAAUUUGGCGCACGAGCAGCCGACUGUCUAUCAGAAUCAGCAACCGUUCUACUAUGGCGACCAGGGUUCACAGUCCGAUCGAUUUGAUGGCGACUCGGAGCCGCAAGCUGUCAUUCAAACGAGCGGUGCUUUUCAAUACAACGGUCCACCACCUCACAUCGGAAAAUUUCGGCCACGUGGUGCAAGCGGCGGAAAUAAUGCUACCCAAUUUAUAUCGCCCGAGUUAAAGAUGGAGCUCUUGGACCGACAGCUCGUUAUUGAAUGCAAAGCCGAUCCUGCUAUUUACCCGGAUUUGCCUCAACAAAUAGAACAUAUGCGAGAUCUUGUUCCCUUGGAAAGUCUGCCACUGGCUCCCUAUCCACCAAACCAAGUUUCAACAGUGUACAAAGUCGUAUCUGUACGAGAUGGCACUCCAUAUGUUAUCCGUCGAAUCUACAACUAUCGCCCUGGGCCACAAAACGCAAAGCCACUCUAUGCUGCAGAUAAAUGGAAAAAAUUGGUACACGUGAAUAUUAUUCAACUUCGCGAGGUCGUCCAAACGCGUGGAUUUGGUGAUAAUUGUGGUGCGAGGAUUGGUCAACACCAUCCAACUGGUCCAUUUGUUAGCGAACAUACGCUAUGGAAUUAUAUUGUCCAAAUUACUUCGGCUUUGCGGGUCAUUCACGCGGCCGGUCUUGCUGCUCGAUGCUUGUCUUUGGAGAAAGUUUUGCUUCACGGAAGCUCUAAGAUUCUUCUGUCUUCGUGUGGAGUACAAGAUGUUUUGAACGGUGAAGUGGCCACGAUCCAGCAAGCUCAGAACAGUGACUACAACGCCAUUGGACGUCUGAUCUUAUCGUUAUGCGUUGGAAAACUGAAUUUGAAUAAUCAGAACAUGCAGCAUGCCAUGAACCACGUGGCCCAUCAUUAUAGCAACGAUAUGCAAAAAUUCCUCGGGUUUAUGUUUUCAAUCGAUCAGACCAGCCGGCCAUCAGUCAUCGAUAUAAUGCCAUUUGUAGGAGCUCGCUUUUAUGGGCAAUUAGACAAUGCGCAAAUCCGGGUUGAUAUUCUCGAAAAUGAAUUGAGCAAGGAACUGGAAAAUGGCCGACUUUUCCGACUUAUUUGUAAGCUAAACACAAUUAUCGAGCGCCCUGAAGCUGAAUGGACGGAAAAUGGAGACCGUUUCCUAUUACGGCUUUUCCGCGAUUACGUUUUCCAUCAGGUAACAGACACCGGAAAGCCAUGGAUGGAUCUAGCGCAUGUUGUGCAUACACUGAAUAAGUUGGAUGCCGGAAUCUCUGAGAAGAUCUCACUUGUUUCGCGCGACGGCGAAAAUGUGCUUAUUGUCUCCUAUGCAGAUCUCAAACAUUGCAUGCAGCAAGCAUUUAAUGAGCUCGCUACGGCGUCUGGAAGAAGU